AUGUUCCACAACAGCUACCAGGCAGGCUUUCUGUCCAUUCUUUACAGCAUCGGCUCGAAGCCGCUGCAGAUUUGGGACUCACAGGUGCGCAACGGCCAUGUCAAGCGCAUCACUGAUGAGGACAUCCAGAGUAGUGUACUGGAGAUUAUGGGGAGCAAUGUGAGCACGUGCUACAUCACCUGCCCCGCCAACCCGAAGCAAACCCUUGGCAUCAAGCUGCCGUUCCUCGUCAUGAUCAUCAAGAACAUGAAGAAGUACUUCUCCUUUGAGGUGACCAUCCUGGACGACAAAAACAUUCGCCGUCGCUUCCGCGCCAGCAACUACCAGAGCACAACGAAGGUGAAGCCAUUUAUCUGCACCAUGCCGAUGCGGCUAGAUGAGGGCUGGAACCAAAUUCAGUUUAACCUCUCCGAUUUUACGCGCCGCGCGUACGGCACAAACUAUGUGGAGACACUACGGGUUCAGGUGCACGCAAACUGCCGCAUCCGCCGCCUGUACUUCAGCGAUCGCCUGUACGCCGAAGAGGAGCUGCCGCCGGAGUUCAAGCUGUUCCUGCCCAUCUCCCAGCAGCCUCCGGCGGCCGCGGCAGAGCAGAGAGAUAUUGAAGCCACCGACGUGCCGCAGGCCGCCCCCGUGGCCCAGUGA